AUGGACUCUGCAGGGAACAUCUAUCGGCAAAAGGUCGACUUUUCAGCCCUGGCCUUGCAAGACCCGGCCUUCAAGGAGUUCUUGAAUGCAAAGGGGCAGCUCGAUUUCAGCAACCCGGAUGCUGUCAGCCUUCUUCGUCGCGAUUUUGGCUUGGAGGUUGAGCUUCCUGGUGACAGGCUGUGUCCGCCCGUCCCUAAUCGGUAUGUUGUUUGUGAUCCGCUCGACGAUUACUCAAGUCUGAUAGAUGGGCUUUGGUGCAGGCUCAACUACAUACUUUGGUUGCAGGAUUUGAUAGACUGUACCAAUGAUGACUACUUUGACCGAUUUGAUCCUGAUAGGGAUGUUGUCGGGCUCGACAUGGAGAAUGUGCUGAGGAACAACCUACAGUCACGUAUCCAGGUGGUGGAAUCUACGCCAGAUGGCCCAUUGAUUCCCCUUGAUGGCAGGAUCCCUUUGAAGCUGCUCGACUUCACUAUGUGCAACCCCCCGUUCUACGAAUCACGGGAGGAGAUGUUACAGUUGGCAGAGGAGAAACAGCAUGAGCCGCUUUCCGUUUGUACUGGGGCGGAGACAGAAAUGAUUACGCCCGGCGGAGAAGUUGCAUUCGUGAACAAGAUGAUCGAGGAGAGCCUACGUUUGCGAGAAGCUGUUAAGUGGUAUACCUCUAUGCUAGGCAAACGGAGCAGCCUUCUUUCGCUUAUCGAGGAGCUCCAGCGGCUCGGUAACAAGAAUUGGGCGGUCACCGAGUUUAUUCAGGGGGACAAGACCAAGCGCUGGGCUAUAGCCUGGUCGUGGAAGGAUGUGCGGCCCACGAUGGGAGUUGCUCGGAGUAUAUCUAAUAUACCAAAGCGAUACCUACCCUUCCCGUCGGAAUUCCAUUUUAGCAUGCCGUGUAAAUCAAUUGACUUAUUGAUCGAAGCGAUUGAUACAGAAAUCAAAUCAUUUCGGAUUCCCUGGGAAUGGGACAACAAAAAGUCAAGCGGGCUAGGUUUCACUACGGAAAAUGCCUGGUCUCGGCAGGCAAGGAGGAAAAGACAACAGCAGGAUGCUGCUAAAGAUGGAUUCAACAAUGCAGGUACUCAGUCCAAUACUGAGGAUGUAGUGUUUGGGUUUAUCAUCCAGGUAAGGCGGCUGAGCCCCGAGAAUGCUGACAUUACCGUGCGGUGGGUAAAAGGGUUUGAUUCGGUGAUUUUUGAGAGCUUCUGUGGUAUGCUGAAGAGAAAGGUAGAGGGAAUGUAG